AUGGUUGAUCCUACCGAACCCAGUUCUGAGAACCUUACGGAGCGUCAGAAGAUGCUCCGGGGAGAAUUGUACACUGCCUUCUCAGCCGAUCUAAUAGCAGAACGAGCAAGGAGCAAAGCUGCCUGCGACAGAUUCAACAACGCCGGCGAGGUGACUCGUAGACGCCGUGUGGAGCUAUGGAGGGACAUAGUCUGUGAUAAACGGCCCAUGCCACCACAAGCUGCCACCCAGGAGGAAGAUGAUGCCCUCUUUGAAGAUGAUCCGUGGGUAGAAGCUCCCGUACGGACUGAUUAUGGCUACAAUUUCAAGGUCGGAGAGGGCGUCUUUAUCAAUUUUAACUGCAUUGCGCUGGAUACCUGUUCGAUCACUAUUGGUGCUAGGACACUGUUCGGACCAAAUGUGAAUUUGUACGCUGGCUGUCAUCCCUUAGAUCCUGCUGUUAGGCAGGGAACGAAGGGGCCAGAGUUUGGUAAAGAGAUUCGUAUUGGUGAAGAUUGCUGGAUAGGCGGGAAUGUCACUAUUCUACAGGGUGUGACCAUUGGCGAUGGAGCUACUGUAGGUGCUGGAAGUGUGGUGACCAAGGAUGUUCCGGCCUUCCAUGUCGCGGCAGGUAAUCCAGCGAGGGUUAUCCGCCGCAUAGAGACAGCCAUGGAUCCGUCGCAGAAAAAGGACAAUACUACUACACAAGAGUGA